CUCAUUGGUUUCUCCGACCGCCCGUCUCCUUUCCGACGUUUCUAUUGGUGGAGCGAAAAGAGAGCGGGAAGUUCGCGGCGGGAUGUAGCGCUGAGGGAAAGGAACGGGAACGGAGGGAGCGGAGCGGUUCUGAGGGUCCGAACCGAACCGGAACGGAACCGAAUCGAACCCAUGGAGCGGCUGUGCGAACUGCGGGCGAUGCUGAAGGGCUGGGAGGCGGUUUUCGAACGGGAGAACGGCCGGAAACCGGGAAAAGCCGACGUGGCGGCAGCUUCGGAGGACACCAAACGGCUGUACCGGGAGUACCGGGAGCUGAAGCAGCAAACAGAGCCCACAGAGCAGAGCCCAAUGGCAGAGCAGGACUGGGGCUGCUGGGGGUCUCACCUGAACCGGCAGCCGAAGCUCCGCGGGAUGCGGCACCAACCACCGCCAGCAGCGUCGGCGCAGCUCUACGGGAUGAGGCUGAAGGCCAACCUGGGCGCGGCCCUACAGGCGACGCCGUCGGCGGUGAAGAGGAGCCUGGCCUGCAGCAGGAAACCCGCGGCACAGCGCGGUGCCGGCACCGCGUCCCCGAGCGCCGGCGGCGGUGAUGACGGCGACGAAUCGACCCAAGUCCUCCCCGCCGCCGUGCGCCGCCUGGCGCCCCUCGUCCUGACUGUAGGGUCGAAGCCUCGACCCCAAACGGAUCGAUUGCAGAGAUUGAGGGAGAUGGUGGCGCAGAGAUUGGGGGCGCUGGAUCCCGGGUGGCUGCGGCGGUGCCAGGGGACGACGGGGGGUGGGGUGGAGGGGGAGGAGGGAUGGUGGGAGGGGGCGGGGGGGGCGGUGGGACAGGGGGAGGGGACGCUGGGACCUGGAAUUGGGACACCAGGACAAGAAAAGGGGAUGAGAUGUGGAGAGAGGACAGCAGGACACGAAGAGGGGACGUUGGGACCUGAAACUGGGACACUGGGACAUGAAGAAUGGGCAAGACAUGGAGUGAGGACAGCGGGACAUGAAGAGGGGACACCAGGAUCCAGAGUGAGGACAGCAGGACAGGAAGAGGGGACAAGACCUGGAGAGAGGACAGCAGGACACAAAGAGGGAACACCAGGACCUGGAAUGGGGACAGUAGGGCAGGAAGAGGGGACAAGACCUGGAGUGAGGACAGCAGGACAUGAAGAGGGGACAUCAGGACCUGGAACUGGGACAGCAGGACACGAAGAGGGGACAUUGGGACCUGAAACUGGGACACUGGGACAUGAAGAAUGGGCAAGACAUGGAGUGAGGACAGCGGGACAGGAAGAGGGGACACUGAGACCUGAAACUGGGACAGCAGGACAGGAAGAGGGGACAAGACCUGGAGUGAGGACAGCAGGACACAAAGAGGGGACACCAGGACCUGAAACUGGGACAUUGAGACAAGAAAAGGGGACAAGACGUGGAGAGAGGACAGCGGGACCCAAAGAGGAGACACCAGGACCUGGAAUGGGGACACCAGGACAGGAAGAAGGGACAAGACCCGGAGUGAGGACAGCAGGACACAAAGAGGGGACACUAGGAUCCAGAAUGGGGACACUGGGACACGUAGAGGGGACACUGGGAUGUGAAGAGGGGACAAAACCUGCAGUAAGGACACAAAGACUUGAAGGAGGGGCACUGGGACCCAAACUGGGGACACUGGGACAUGAAGAGGGGACGCUGGGACCUGUAAUGGGGACACUGGGACUUGAAGAGGGGACGUCAGGGCAGGAAGAGGGGACGAGAGCUGGGGUGAGGGCACAAAGACUUAAAUGGGGGACACUGGAAUCUAAACUGGGGACACCAGAGCGUGAGGAGGGGACACUGGGACCCGAAAUGGGGACGCUGGAAUGUGAAGAAGGGAUGCUAAGUUGUGGAGAGGGGUCACUGGGACCCGAAAUGGGGACACUGGGACCUGAAAUGGGGACACUGGGACCCAGAAGGGGGACGGUGAGACGUGAAGAGUUGACACUGGGAUGUGAAGAGGGGAUGUUGGAACCUGCAGUGGGGACACUGGGACGCAAAAGGAAACGGAAGAGAGGGACAUCGGGGCACGAAGAGGGGACACCAGGACCCGAAAUGGGGACAGCGGGAUGCGAAAAAGGGUCGCCAGGACAUGAAGAGGGGACAGCAGGAUGUGAAGAAGGGACAGCAGGACCUGAAAUGGAGACAGCAGGACCCAAAGUGGCGUCUCGGGGUCGGAAGAGGGGAACGCCGCGAUGCAAAAGGGCGAUGCCAGGACAUGAAGAGGGGGCGGUGGGAUCGGAAGAAGAGAUGCCAAGAGAUGACAAAGGGACACCGGGACCCAAAGGUGACACGGGACGGCGGCGUGGCCGCGUGCCGAAGGGUGGCACCGCUCAGGACGGAGCUGUUAACGUGGCAAAGCCCAGAGCUGCCCGCAGGAAGAGGCUGUGCCCAGAGGACGGCCAAGAGGAACCCGCAGCUGCCCCAAAGCAGAGGAGAACGGCGCCGUCCCCAUCCGAAAACCUUCUGGGUGACUUUGAGGAGGAGGAGAAGAAGCCCGGGGCGGUCGGCAAAACGCUGCCUGCCAGAGCUCCUCGGCGGCCCCAGGGCAACUUCGUGAGGCUCAACCUGAAGAGCAGAUCCCACGUGCGGGGCGCUGCGCUGCGGGGAAGGCAGCUCCGCAAGCAGGUGUGGAAGGAGAAGUGGCAGAAGAAGGCAGCGUGGUUCGGAGGCGGCAGGGCCGCGGAUCGGAGCUCGGAUGUUUGCUUCAAGUGCGGCGCAGCUGGGCACUGGGCAGCGGCGUGCAGGGGGCGAGGCACCGCUGCCCACGCACCUCCUCCAGCAGAACCCAUCCAUCCCAACGAUGAAGAAGAAGAAGAGGAGGAGGAUCCCCUGCCCACCCUGGAAGAGGUGGCCCGCCGGACCAACACCAUUUAUCAGGAGCUCCCCGCACCCAGCAGCGACCAGGACGGAGCCGAGUUCAAGGGGCCAACUCCAUACCUGGACGUGCAGCGCCCGCCCUACGAACCCCCCACACCUCCCGCACCCGUGGAGCCCCUCUACAGCUUGGGGCCUGAUGGGAAGCCACGAGAGACCCCCAGGGAGGUGCUGGACGCGCUCUCUGAGUUGGGCUACAGCUCCUUCCGCCCCGGCCAGGAGGUGGCCAUCAUGAGGAUCCUCUCAGGGCUCUCCACGUUGGUCGUGCUCCCCACGGGGAUGGGGAAGUCUCUGUGCUAUCAGCUGCCUGCCUUCCUGUACCACAAACGCUCGCGGAGCAUCGCGCUGGUGGUCUCCCCGUUGGUGUCGCUGAUGGAUGACCAGGUCUCUGGCCUCCCCCCGUGCCUCCGCGCCGUCUGCGUUCACUCCCACCUGAGCCGUGCGCAGCGGGACGCGGCCCUGCGGCGCGUGCAGGAAGGCUCAGCUCAGGUGCUGCUGCUUUCCCCCGAAGCUCUGGUGGGCGCGGGCUCCUCGGGCUCCUGCUGCCUGCCCCCAGCCCACCAGCUGCCACCCGUGGCCUUUGCCUGCAUCGACGAGGCGCACUGCGUCUCCGAGUGGUCCCACAACUUCCGUCCCUGCUACCUGCGGCUCUGCAAGGUUCUCCGGGACCGUCUGGGCGUCCGUUGUUUCCUGGCUCUGACGGCCACAGCCACGGUGGCGACGGCACGGGACGUGGCGGCGCAGCUCGGCAUCCCGCAGCAGGACGGCAUCGCCGUGCGCAGCGCCGCCGUGCCGCACAACCUGCGGCUCUCCGUGUCUGUGGAGCGGGACCGGGACCGGGCUCUCGUUAACCUGCUGCGCAGCGAGCGCUACGCCGCGCUCCGCUCCAUCAUCGUGUACUGCACGCGUCGGGAGGACACGGCCCGCGUCGCCGCGCUGCUCCGCACCUGUCUGCAGGAUGAGCUGCUCACCAACACCACGCCAGGACCCAAGAGCGGCCGCCGCCUCCACCCCGACGCGAUUGCAGCUGCGUACCACGCCGGGUUGUCGUCGGCCGAGCGGCGCCGCGUUCAAUCGGCCUUCAUGCGUGGCCACCUCCGCGUGGUUGUGGCCACCGUGGCUUUUGGGAUGGGGUUGGAUAAAGCGGACGUUCGUGCCGUGCUGCACUACAACAUGCCCAGAAACUUUGAGAGUUACGUGCAGGAGAUCGGCAGAGCCGGGAGGGAUGGGGAGCCGGCCUGGUGUCACCUCUUCCUGGACCCUGAGGUGGGGAUCUGUGGGGGGUUUUGGGAACGGGUGACACCGUCGGGUGACGCCGCUGUCCCCGCAGCCCCCUCCUCCCGCAGCGGCGUCACGGUGGAGCUGUCGGAGCUCUCCUUCCACCUGCGCUCCUUUGGGGACCUGAGCCACGCCGAGCUGGACGCCGUCUGCCACUUCCUGCAGCGCCGCCUGGAGGAGCGCCAGCAGGGGGCGCUGCGUCAGCUCACAGCCUGCAGGAGAGCCUUCCGCAGCGUUGCCUUCCCGAGCUGCGCCCCGCAGCCUCAGGAGGAGGAGGAGGAGGAGCGGAGCCGGAGGCUGAAGGCUUUGCUGCAGGAAUACUUCGAGAGGGAGACCCGCGGCCUGGAGGAGGAGGAGGAGGAGGAGGAGGACGAAGGCCUCUCUGCCGCGGAUGUGAGCCUCGUUUCUGGGCCGCCAUCUUGGCCAAAAUGGCUCCUCUGGGGCUUAACAUGGAGGGCAGCCCUUCGUGCCCGGCCCUCCUGCAGCUCCUCGGGGUCCUGUCCGUCCCAGUCCGUCCCAGUCCAACCCAGUCAGCCCCGACCAAUCCCAGUCUGUCCCAGUCCGUCCCAGUCAGCCAUGACCAAUCCCAGUCCGUCCCAGCCAGCCCCGACCAAUCCCAGUCCGUCCCAGCCAAUCCCAGUCCAUCCCAGUCAGCCCCGACCAAUCCCAGUCCAUCCCAGUCAGCCCCAGCCAAUCCCAGUCCGUCCCAGUCCGUCCCAGUCAGCUAUGACCAAUCCCAGUCCAUCCCAGUCAGUCCCAAUCAAUCCCAAUACAUCCCAGUCCAUCCCAGUCCAAUCCCAGUCCAUCCCAGUCAGCCCUGACCAAUCCUGA